UCCAUGUAACUGCCUGUUUGUUUGUUUGUGUGAUCAAUCAGCUGACAAAGAUUCACUAAAUCUUUCAUGUGGAUAAAAUGGAUCUUAAUCAGUGUUUCCCCAAAGUCUUUCAGCUCAACUGUCCAGAGGCUGAUGUUUGAAGUCUUUGUCCUUUGAAGAAGUUUUUCUCCAGAGAAGAAAGAUGAAAGGGCCUGAAACUGCUGCAAUUGCACCGCCCAGUCACUAAGUGGCGCUGUCGUGGAAAAAAUGAGGGGCUUCAUUCUGUGGGCCUGAAAGUGCUGCCUGCGGACCUGCAGUUCCAUACUGUUGGACACAACUGUGUGCACGUGUGAGCCGUCAGGAGGCGCCAUUGUCAGCCUUUGAAACACAGCGAAGUUCAGCUUUCAGAGGAAAAACAACUGUAAGGACAAGUGUACUGCUGAUAUAACACGAACAAGAGGUCUCAUGGAUCCAUGUGGCUCCUCCUCUUUGUGCUGCUGAGUAAAAAGCAGCGCAGAGCGAGGCAGAGUGACAGCAAACACAGACGAGGACAGAAGCAAACCUGCGGAGAACAGAAAAAAAGGAGAGACACAACGACAGUAAACAACCUGAGGGAUUUUAUUGUGAUGUUUGUGAGUAAAUACCCUCACUCUGGAGAAGACCUUACUCUCUGAAGAGUGAAACCAUGGAGCCUUUAAGUUUUAAAGUCAAGUUCAUUCUUCACAAAUGUUGCUAUGCGUUAAAGUUAGUUGAGUGAACAUUUUAUUGAAAAAUGGUUGAACCUGUGGGGUUUGUGGAGGCAUGGAGAGCCCAGUUCCCAGAGUCUGACCCCCCAUGCAUGGAUCUGAACUCAAUGGGGGACAUUGAACAGGAGCUGGACAAAUGCAAGACGUCCAUCAGGCAGCUGGAGAAGGACGUGAACAAGGAGCGCUUUCGGAUGAUCUACCUGCAGACUCUUCUGGCAAAAGAGAGGAAGUCUUACGAUGGGCAGAGGUGGGGGUUUAAAGGGACAGCCCAGAGGACAGAGGGAGAUCUGCACUGUGGUCCAGACAACCAGAGAUCCCACGCAGAUGAGGAGGAGCAGCAGCAGCAGCAGCAGAGAGGACAUGUGAAGACAGUGAGGUGUAAACAACACCCAGAAGGAGAGGUGUAUGGUGCUUCCCCUGCCAAACAGAAGGGUGAGGUGUCACCGGUCGGCCAUGAGUCAGAUACGCCUGAUUUCCCAGUGGGCACAGGCUCGGUGGCAGCUCUGAGGUCCAACUUUGAGCGCAUCAGGAGAGCCAACUCUCACACUGAUGGCGAGGGCAGAGGGUUGCCGACGGUGGGCGGCCAGGAGAAGCCCUUCUACGUGAACAUGGAGUACCAUCACGAGCGAGGGCUGGUCAAAGUUAAUGACAGAGAGGUCUCGGACAAGAUCAGUACCCUGGGCUGUCAGGCCAUGCAGAUAGAGCGUAAAAGGUCCUUGUACUCCCUCACAGGGAACCAGUCAACUGCCACAGGAGACGUCAGCAAAGCUGUUCAGAGAGGCAGAUCCAUUGAGGGGAAGUGUAGCCAUAACGGAUCAUAUGAAUACGCAGAGGUCAACCCACACUUCCUGAAGAGCAGUGUGAUCCCGGCCACUGGGGGAAAGUCUGAGCGACAGCCGCCGGAUUGCCAGCCAUACACGAGUGUGUAUGUUGGAGGAAUGAUGGCUGAAGGGGACACCCGGGUCAUCCACAUCAGGGACCACAGCAUCGACGAGGACGAGCACCUGACCUGGCCCAGGCGCUCAUACUCUCCUGGCAGUUUUGAUGACAUAGGAGGAGGCUACACACCGGACUGCAGCUCCAACGAGAACUUGACAUCCAGCGAAGAGGACUUCUCCUCAGGCCAGUCCAGCCAUGUGUCCCCCAGUCCCACUACCUAUCCGCUGUACAGGGAGAAGAGCCGCUCGCCUUCCCAGAAGUCCUUUGAUAGCAGCAGCCCCCCCACACCUCUCUCUCAGAAGCAUCUGAAGGAGCACGCAAUGAUGGGGUCUGAGGUCAUCGGGGGCCGUAAAACAGGCCAGGUGUGGCCCAGUGAUGGGGACUCCACCACAUCCAGCAGGACCUCCCAUGACAACAGUCUUCAAGGAGAUCUGGAGGCUUCCUACAACGAGACCCCUCUGCCAUAUAGAUAUGACCUGGAGCAGUCAGAGGAGCAUCAGCCUCGCCACGACCCUCUGUCCUACACUGGAUCUCCGUCCUCCUCUCCGCGGCUCCGCUCCAAAAGCCGGAGUAGCCGAGACACCCAGUCCUCAGGCUCUCUGGAAUCCACACUGUCGGUGGACUUGGAUCAGGAGAAGGGACUGGAGAUGAGAAAGUGGGUUUUGUCAGGAAUCCUGGCCAGUGAGGAGACCUACCUCGGCCACCUGGAGGCCCUACUCAUACCCAUGAAGCCUCUGAAGGCUGCUGCCACAACCUCCCAACCAAUGUUGACCAUUCAGCAGAUAGAGACCAUCUUCUUCAAAGUACCAGAGCUUCAUGAGAUCCACAAGGACUUCUACGACGCCCUGCUACCCCGAGUACAGAAAUGGAGCCACCAGCAGUGUGUGGGCGACCUCUUCCAGAAACUGGCCAGCCAGCUCGGAGUGUACCGGGCCUUUGUGGAUAACUACAAGGUUGCUGUGGAGACGGCGGACAAGUGUUGCCAGGCUCACGCUCAGUUUGCACAGAUAUCUGAGAAUCUCAAGGUCAAAAGCACAAAGGACUGCAAAGAGCAGCCAGCUAAAAAUUCACUGGAAACCCUUCUCUACAAACCCGUGGACCGAGUGAUGCGCAGCACACUUGUUCUGCAUGACCUUCUGAAGCACACACCCUCCAGCCACCCAGAUUAUCCACUGCUACAAGACGCCCUGCGCAUCUCACAGAACUUCCUGUCUAGUAUUAAUGAAGAGAUCACGCCACGCAGGCAGUCCAUGACAGUAAAGAAAGGAGAGAACCGUCAGCUGCUGAGGGAUUGUUUCAUGGUGGAGCUGGUCGAGGGUUCCAGGAAGCUCCGUCACGUCUUCCUCUUCACCGACCUGCUGCUCUGCACCAAGCUGAAGAAACAGGCGGCAGGGAAAGGGCAACAGUAUGACUGUAAGUGGUACAUCCCACUGGCUGACCUGACCUUCCAGACCAUCGAGGACUGUGAGUCGACCCCCAUCCCUCUGGUGCAGGAUGAGGAAAUCGAUGCCAUGAAGAUAAAAAUUUCCCAGAUCAAGAAUGAGAUCCAAAGGGAAAAGAGAACUACCAAGGGCCCCAAGGUGAUUGAGCGUCUGAGGAAGAAGUUGUCAGAACAAGAGUCUCUGCUGCUUCUCAUGUCCCCCAACAUGGCGUUCAGAGUGGCCAACAGAAAUGGAAAAGGUUUCACAUUUCUGAUCUCGUCCGACUAUGAGCGUGCUGAGUGGAGGGAGAUCAUUCGUGAGCAGCAGAAAAAGUGUUUUAAAAGCUUCUCUCUGACCUCUCUGGAGCUGCAGAUGCUCACUAACUCAUGUGUGAAGCUCCAGACUGUUCACACUAUUCCAAUGAGCGUGAAUAAGGAAGAUGAUGAAUCUCCUGGUUUGUAUGGCUUCCUGAAUGUCAUUGUCCACUCUGCAUCUGGCCUCAAAAAGAGCUUAAACCUUUAUUGCUCUCUGGAGGUGGAUUCAUUCGGCUACUUUGUCAACAAAGCCAAAACACGAGUGCAUAGAGACUCAACAGAGCCCAACUGGAAUGAGGAGUUUGAGAUUGAACUGGAGGGCUCUCAGACUCUGAGGCUGCUCUGCUACGAGAAGUGCUGCAACAAAACCAAGCAGAGCAAAGAAGAUGGAGAGAUCACGGACAAUAUCAUGGUCAAAGGACAGAUAAAGUUGGAUCCGCAGACUUUGCAAAAUAAAGACUGGCAGAGGACGGUCAUCGCCAUGAACGGGAUUGAGGUGAAGCUCUCGAUGAAGUUCGCCAGCAGAGAGUUCAGUUUGAAGAGGAUGCCUUCACGCAAACAAUCCGGUGUCUUUGGUGUGAAAAUCAAUGUAGUGACCAAACGAGAGCGCUCCAAAGUUCCCCUCAUCGUCAGACAGUGUGUGGAGGAGAUCGAGCGACGAGGGAUGGAGGAGGUCGGAAUCUACAGAGUGUCGGGUGUCGCGACUGACAUCCAGGCUCUGAAGGCUGCGUUUGAUUCAAACAACAGGGACGUGUCCGUCAUGAUGAGGGAGAUGGACGUAAACGCCAUCGCUGGAACACUCAAGCUGUAUUUCCGCGAGCUGCCGGAGCCUCUUUUCACCGAUGAGCUGUACCCCAACUUCGCUGGAGGCAUUGCUUUGUCUGACAGUGUAGCCAAGGAAAGCUGCAUGCUCAACCUGCUGAUGUCUCUCCCAGAACCCAAUCUGGUCACUUUCUUCUUCCUGCUGGACCACCUGAAAAGGGUGACUGAGAACGAGGGCAUCAACAAGAUGUCUUUGCACAACCUGGCCACAGUUUUCGGUCCCACUUUGCUGCGGCCGUCUGAAAAAGACAGCAAGAUCUCAAACAGCUCGCAGCCGAUCUCCAUGAACGACAGCUGGUCUCUGGAGGUCAUGACUCAGGUUCAAGUCCUUCUCUACUUCCUUCAGCUGGAGAGCAUCCCAACACCUGACAGCAAACGCCAGAGUCUUCUCUUCUCCUCUGAAGUAUAACAGGAACAUUUGUUUAUAAAUGUCUCAUUCAGGGGAAACACUGUCAGCUGGGCCACUAAGAAGAUAUUUGACUUAGGCAGCAGGGGGCGCCAGCAACACACUGUAAACUGGAAACAGCCACCACAACUAAAACUUAGCGUGUUUAUUUCAAAGUUGAACUGCUGUGUCAGUAAAAGACAUCUCUCUAUGAUAUAUGGACAAUGUAUCCUGUAUUUUUUUUUAUUUUAUUUCACUUUGCUGUACUUUAUAAUUUCCCCCUGCCCUGUUCUGUCAUGUCUGCUGUUGUUGGAUUCUAGGGCUGCAACAAUUAAUCAGUUACUAAAUUAAUAUUCAACUAUUUUGAUAACUGGUUCAUCCUUUUUAAAACAAGCUCUCUGAGUUUUCAGCUUCUUAAAUGUGAAUGUUUUCUGCUUUCUUACUCCAUGGAACAAAUAAUUAAAACUGUUUCAUUUGAGAACAUUGAGACAUUUUAUGGACCAAAUAAGUAAUCAAUUAAAGGAGAAAAUAAUAAUCAACAGCUUAAUCGAUUAUUUAAAUAAUCAUAAGUUGCAGCUCUAUUGGAUUUGUGAUUUAUUUCCAUGCAUGGCUGAUGAAUAGAUGAAUGAUUCCCCCCCCCCAGAAAUGUUUCAUUUGCCAGUGCCAAUGUUUCCUUGCUGAAAACCUGUAUAACGUUUCAGUUUCCUUAAUGUUUACACUCUUUAAUGUUGUAGUUUUAUUGAGUUGAGUUUUAAUAGUAUGAGAUUGGAAAGGUAGUUACUACACAACAACAUGCAGGCAUGUUGACGUAAGCAUUUGAGGCUUUAUUGCUGUAGUUUGUAUAGUCUUCUUGUUGAGUUUGCAGGCGUUUGAGUCAGUUUUCCGUAAGUUAUGAAGUUAUGCUUGCUUUGUUAGAGGUGGCACAGAGAAGUGACAGGCAAAUCAUUCCAGGCUAAGGCACAGUUUAAUGCUUCCACCCAUGGAUUGUAUUCUGUUUUGGGUCUAAUUUUAAUUUUACAGCCGUCUUUUGUCCAAAUUCCAUAUGUUUUGUGUGCACAUUAUUUUUUAGACGCUGUCUAGUUUGAUUUCAGCUGAUGUUAAUAUAUGUGUAUUCAUGUACCUUUACAGCACAGAGGCACAAUGCUGUAGACAGGAGAGAUGAUCUGAGAUACCAAAUGUUUUCUCGUAGAAACCUUGAAGCACCGUGAGUCGUCGUUAACCGGUUUCUCAUCCAUAUACGUUGUAUUGUUUGAAUCCUCUGUUAAAAAGGCUGUAAACAAUUCUUUCUUUUCCAGAGCAACACACGUGUACAUGUGAUAGCACAGACCUCAGUCAUCUGUGCUGCAUCAUUGUGAUUCAUGUAAAAUAAGCAAUAAGUCUUAGUGAUUUAUAGGAUGAGCAGUGACCAGGGUGUCACAUGCAGUGUGUGUGUAUGAGUCAUGUAAAUAAAAACUUGAUAACA